AUGUAUCGCAGGUGUCUGGACAGGCUAACCCCUGACGUAGUGUGCUGGAUUUCGUAUGGUGACCGCCGUUCAUUUAGAGAAUUUGAGGUCAUCCCGUUGUUUUCCGGUCAUCUUAGAUGGGGUCCCUUGAUAGUCAUUCACCGACCAGAGAGGGUUGUACGACAGUUUGGAUACGUCCAGACUACUCCACCACAUCCUAUUGCGCCUUCGAUUUCUGUUGAAGAAAUGGAUGAUAGAUGGAUGCAGUUCGGUGACUACAUUGCACUUGUAGGGCAAAUCUGUGUAGUGCCUGACCAGUGUUCGUCAGAUUACAUGGAUUGGUUCUACAUGAUUUUGCAUUCAUUUAUGACUCCGACACAGCCAGGAGAUCCUCCUAGAGUUCCACCGGUUCAGGAAUAUGACAUAUUUUUUGAACCAGAUAUGCAUCAGCAAUCGGUGGCGACAGCGGCACCUGAUGAAGUAGACGUUGAUGUGCAUCGUGCUGGACAUGUAGUGGAUGGUUAUGUAACAAUUGUUGAUAAGUUGGAUAGACUUUUGAACCCGAGGAUCCUGACCGAAGGAACAAAAGCCUAUAUUGUUGCUGAAGAAUGUCUAACCAUUGCAAGAAGCUAUAUUGGCCAACCAACUAUAGGUCACAGAUCAAGGCGUAGGCGCCGUACGAACGAGCAUUGA